UUUUUUUUUUUUUUUUCAGUUUGUGUUUAAUUUUUUGUGGUUGGUGGGAAAAUGAAUGCGGUGGGGAGGCAAAAAUCCGGUGCACCGGCGGCGAAUCAUCACCGCCAAAAGUGCGAUAAUUUUCCAGAAGCUUCAUCGAGUGGGAGAUGGCUGCAAUCAGCUGGCUUGCAGCACCUACAGUCGUCAAACAAUGCGGUUCCUCCAGUUCAGGAUUUUGGGUACUACAAUGGAGGUGGUCAGGGUUCGAGAAUGUAUCGGAGUGUGCAGCCGCAGAGGACCAACAGCGGCGGCAGCGAUUUAUUUGCCGAGCCAUUAACGCCGCCAGGAAUUUCCAGGCGGCGGAAUGGGGAAGAGCAAGUUCCGCCUAAUGAGAGUAGCCCUGGUCUGUUGGAUCUGCACUCUAUUGAUACUGAGCUACUUUCUGAGAUGUCGAUUCCUGGUCUUUAUGAUGGACCUCCAAUGAAUCAUUUUUCACGGGAAAGAAGCUUCGAUGAUGUUGACCCGUACUUUGGGAACAAUAAACAAAACGGCAAAGUUCGUGGCUUGCCUGAGAGCAAUGUUCUGAAAAGCAUUGCUGCUGAUAAUGUGAAGGCCAGCAAUGUUGCAAAGAUCAAAGUAGUGGUGCGGAAAAGACCACUAAACAAAAAGGAACUGACGAAGAAUGAGGAAGAUAUCAUAGACACCUAUUCAAAUUCCGUCCUAGUCCAUGAGACAAAACUUAAGGUUGACCUUACAGAAUAUGUGGAGAAACAUGAAUUUGUGUUUGAUGCUGUGCUUAACGACGAAGUUUCAAACGAUGAGGUGUAUCGUGAAACUGUAGAGCCUAUUGUUCCGAUAAUUUUCCAACGUACAAAAGCUACUUGCUUCGCUUAUGGGCAAACAGGAAGUGGAAAGACUUACACUAUGAAGCCAUUACCACUUAAAGCAGUGAGAGAUAUCCUAAGGCUCAUGCAUCACACUUACAGGAACCAAGGUUUUCAAUUGUUCGUUAGCUUCUUCGAGAUAUAUGGUGGAAAACUCUAUGAUCUUCUCAACGAUCGAAAAAAACUUUGUAUGAGAGAGGAUGGCAAACAGCAAGUUUGUAUUGUAGGUUUGCAAGAGUACCGAGUAGUGGAUGUGGAGAUAAUUAAGGAACUAAUUGAGAGAGGAAAUGCAUCAAGAAGUACAGGCACCACGGGAGCAAAUGAGGAGUCUUCUCGUUCGCACGCCAUUCUUCAGCUCAAUAUUAAGAGAUCGGCCGAUGGCAGUGAAUCCAAACCUGCACGAGUUGUUGGUAAACUCUCCUUCAUAGACCUUGCUGGGAGUGAACGUGGUGCAGAUACUACCGAUAAUGAUAAACAGACCAGAAUGGAAGGAGCCGAGAUCAAUAAAAGUUUGCUGGCAUUGAAGGAAUGCAUUAGAGCGCUCGACAACGACCAAGGGCACAUUCCAUUUAGAGGCAGUAAAUUAACUGAAGUUUUGAGGGAUUCAUUUGUUGGAAAUUCUCGAACAGUAAUGAUCUCCUGUAUUUCACCAAACUCUGGAUCCUGUGAGCACACUUUAAACACUUUAAGAUAUGCCGACAGGGUUAAGAGCUUAUCGAAAGGCAAUAACUCCAGAAAAGAGGUUUCAUCUUCAACUUCGAUUAUGAAGGAGUCGACUAUACAAACUGAUACAGGCGAUUCAUGGCCUGAGCAAACUGAUAGGGAAGAAUACGACGAGUAUUUCUAUGAGCAAGAGAAGCCAUCUUUGAGGAACACCUCAAAAAUUGAAUCGUACAACUUCCGUAAUUUGGAUGACAAAGCGAAGAAAACCAAUGGCCAAUCAAAGUGGAAGGAGCCUCCUAAAUCAGAACUGAAAUAUUCGAAUUCCAACGAUGAUUUGACUGCUUUAUUGAAGGAAGAAGAAGAUCUUGUCCAUGCUCAUCGAAAACAGGUGGAGGAGACAAUGGAUAUGUUCGAGAAGGAGAUGAAUCUGUUGGUUGAGGCGGAUCAACCGGGUAAUCAGCUAGACGAUUACAUCUCCAAAUUGAGCUCAAUUCUAUCCCAGAAGGCUGAUGGUAUCUUACAGCUUCAAAAUCGAUUGGCCCGUUUUCAAAACCGCUUGAAGGAGCACAAUGUUCUAGAAUCUUCUGGCUAUUAAACUUCCAAGGUUCGACAUUAAUUAUAUUAUAUUUUGCACAUAGACAGUUGUGAAUUGUGAUUCAGCCCUUUCAAGGAUCUUCAUUAUCUUCUUUGCCCAUGUUCUAGCAUAGUUGUAUUAAUUAUAUUAUACAUUGUUUUCAUUUAUUUGUUAAUGGAAUGCAGUUUGUUCA